CGGAAUACUGUGGGGACUCGGAAGGGCAACAAUGGUCAAAAGGUUUAUUUUCUCAUUGUUUUUGGCCAGCAUUUUGCUGUCCAAACUUUCGAGCGCUGAACAAGACCGCGAUCACCCACGACAUCGCGCCACACGCGCUCAUCCCAUCAAGAAUGAGGAGGAGGAGCUCGGCGCCUAUUGGAAUGACAAUGCGCAGAGAACUUUGGCUGCCAAGGUGGCAGCGGCGGAUGCGGUUGAGCUGAAAUCGGCCAAGAAUGUGAUCAUGUUUCUGGGAGAUGGCAUGUCCGUCCACACAGUAACGGCUACUCGCAAUUUCCUUGGCGACAGCUCCGAACAGGUGUACUUCGAGCAGUUUCCUUACACGGGCCUCUCGAAGACGUACUGCGUGAAUAGACAGGUGGCGGACUCCGCUUGCACAUCCACGGCGUAUCUUGGCGGCGUGAAGGGCAACUACGGCACCAUAGGAAUCAACGCCAAAGUAGCUCGUUACAGUUGCGAGGGCGCCAACACCAACGAGCACCACGUGGAUAGCAUUGCGCAAUGGGCACAGGACGCGGGCAAGGAUGCUGGUUUUGUGACCAGCUCCCGCGUCACACACGCCUCUCCAGCUGGCCUCUAUGCCCACACUGCCGAUCGCAAUUGGGAGAAUGAUGACGAGGUGAGUGCAGCGGGCUGUGAUCCUGAGCAAACGAUUGACAUUGCACGUCAGCUGGUUGAGUGGCCCGUGGGAAAAGGUCUCAAGGUCAUAUUAGGCGGUGGUCGUCAGAAUUUUCUCAACGCGACUUCGCGCGACGAGGAAGGCUACCCGGGCUAUCGUAACGAUGGCCGCAAUCUAAUCAAAGACUGGAUUGCCGACAAGCAGGCGGCCAACGCAUCGGCCCACUACGUGUGGAGUCGCAAGGGUCUUAGUUUGGUGGACUUGGAUAAUACGGACUAUUUGCUGGGUCUCUUCAGCGCCUCUCAUCUGCCAUAUAAUGGGGAUCGUGUGCGAGAGCAUCGCGAACUUGCGGAUCCUUCGCUAAGCGAGCUUACAGCUGCCGCCAUACAGGUGUUGCAGCGCAACGACAAGGGCUUCUUCCUCUUCGUGGAGGGUGCACGCAUCGACAUGGCCCACCAUGACACGUAUGCUCGUCGUGCGCUCGAGGAUACUGUGGAGUUUGCCAAGGCAGUGCAGGUGGCGCGCGAGAUGACCUCGCUGGAGGACACUCUGGUGGUAGUUACGGCCGAUCAUGCCCACACCAUGACAAUCAAUGGUUAUCCGCAUCGAGAUGAGGAGAUCACGGGUGUGGUUGAUUCGUUGGCUGAUGACGGGCUUCCAUAUACCAUCCUCUCAUAUGCCAAUGGUCCUGGAUACUCGAAUACUUACAGCAAGGCUCAGGGCCGCAACCUGCUUAACAAUAAACAGACCCAGGACGUUAACUUCCUGCACUCAGCGAUGGUCCCGUUAGACUCGGAAACCCAUGGUGGCGACGAUGUGGCCGUCUAUGCCUCCGGACCCUUUGCUCAGUAUUUUAGUGGCAACUAUGAGCAAUCCAACAUACCAGCUCUUAUGGCCAGGGCCGCCAACAUCGGACCCUAUGCAAAUGUGCAGCCGUAGAAGACCCCCAAGGGGGGAAUAGAGCCAUAAACCUUUUACACGAACACCGCUGACAAAAUGUAAUUAAAAUGCACUGCAGCCACAUACUCGUACUAUGUAAAUGAA